AUGGCUCUGUGUAUGUGUGUGUUCUGUUAUGAACAAGGUCCUCUUACCAUGUGGGUUCAGGGUCACCAACACCCACAACGUCGUCACCCCCUUUUUGAUGUGUGUGUGUGUGUGUCUCUCUCUCUCUCUCUCUCUCUCUCUCUCUCUCUCUCUCUCUCUCUCUCUCUCUCUCUGUGCGUGGCUCUCUCUCUCUCACCUUCUCUCAAGCUCUCUCUCUCACUCAAAACUCUCUCAAACUCUCUCUCUCAAACUCCUUGCCUCAAUCUCAUAAAUCUCAAUCUCUAUCUAUCUCUGUCUCUCUCUGUCUCUCGCUGUCUCUCUGUCUCUCUCUGUCUCUCGCUGUCUCUCUGUCUCUCCCUCUUGUCUCUCUGUACCUCUCCCUCUCUCACUCUUUCCAUGUCUCACCCAUAA